AUGCAUGUCGAACCUAUUACAAAUACUAGUCAUAGAACUAUACUUACACCCUGUACUAGGUGUAUUUAUCAUAAUCCCCUUACCAAAAUACCACCACAGACAAAAGAUAGUGAUAACCGUUGUUUUUUCACUAUCCCUAGAGACCUUUGUUUCUUUAUCCCUACACUACGAAAUAAUAGUGUGGAAAGAUUUCCUUGGUGUUCGUGGUCACGCUAUCUUCUUCGAGAUCUCGCUAUCACUUUCAUUAAUCAACGUAACAACCCUCACCUUCGUGCACUGGCUACCCC